AUUCCAACUCCACUGAGCAUCCUCAAAGAUCUUGUGUCAUCUUCAGCAUUAUUUCUUGUGUCAUCUGCACCCCUCCAUGCUUCAUUGAGUCCUCCAAAAUUUGUAACAUCAGUAAUAUCUCCAUUAAAAAGGAAAUACAGUGACCUCCUCAAUCAGGAGCUGCAAACAAAGCAUGAAGCGAACUUAUGUGAGGCUUUGCAAGAGUCAGAAGGUCAGAAUAUAUGCUGGAAAGGGAGUAUGAUUGGGAUGCAGGCAACUGCAGUUUUGCAAAACAUAUACAUCGGUCAGUCACAGCUGCAGCUGCAGUCAGCAAAGGAGAAGAGUAAAAGGAAGAGAGGAGACAUCAUGGGCAAUGGCCUGCUAAAAAUGAUGACUGGGGAUGCCUUCUUUGGGGUGGUCACUGCUCAUAAGGAAGAGGCAGAAAGGGCAAGAAAGAAAAAGGCACAACACGUGCUGUUGCAAUGCAAACAGAUAAAGGCAACAGCUUGGUGGGCAAAGGAAGAUAAGAGACGUGUGGACAGGAACAACAAAAAGCAUGAAUGCUUCCAUCAGUCCCUGCUAGAAUGGCAAGAUAAGAAAAGAAAUGGGCACUCAACUCAUGGGGAUAAGCCAAAGUUAGCUGAUUUUGGAGAGAUAGAAAAGGCUUUCCCAAAGUACACUCAGAAUCAGGUCGAAGCACUCUCCAGUGAUGAGGAUACCAGCAAGGAGGAGGAGGAGGAGGGAAUUGUGCUUGAUGAUCAGUAUCAAUCUGAUUAG